AUGCUGGGCCUCAAAAGAAAGAAUGUUUUUUACCUUCUUGUGAGCGUGCCGAGCCUGUUCGCUUACUUUUUAAAACGACAUAAAGAUAAUGAAAAUAAUUAUGAGACAUUAAUAAAUAACAACGACAUUGAGAAGAUUAAAAAAAUACGAAUUCAUAAUAAAUGUUCCUAUAUUCCCUUAUUAUUUCUUAAUAUUUAUGAUAGCUAUAUAUAUAAGAACAAAAUAUUACGAUGGUUAUAUUUUAAGUUUAGAAAAAGAAGAAAAGAUAAAGAAGAAUACUAUUAUAUUACAAAUAUGGUAAGAAAAAAAAGAAGAGAAGCAAUAAAAUAUAAUUUCAUAUCUGAUGAACAAAAUUUAUUUAAUAAAUUUUAUAUAUAUGAAAUAGUCUUAGAAUAUAGUUUGAAGUAUGGUAUAUUAUCACCACAUUUAAGUUUAUAUAUAUUAAAAAAUAUUUCAGAACAUUGUGUUAAUAUAUAUCCUUCUUUAUAUUACUACAAUAAAUUAGACAAUAAACAUAAUCUUAUAAAUGAAAAAAAAUUAAAAUAUUUCAAACAAAUAAAUAAUGAACACACUCAACAAGCACCAACAAAUCAUACACAUCAUAAUAAUAAUAAUAAUAAUAAAAAACCAUUAGAUAUAAAUAUACAUUCUUGUAAGAAUACAAAUAUAUCCUCCUAUUCUACAUAUAAUAAUAUGGAAAAAGAAAAUAUUAAUAUUUAUGAUAAAUAUAAUAUACACAAUUUUUAUACAGAAAAAUCUAUUUCUUAUAAGGAUGAAAAUUGUCAACAUAUUACCUUAAAUAUGAUUUAUCUUCUAAAUCAAACUUAUGAUAAUAUAUGUCGUAUUUGUUUAAACACGAACACUAAUAUAUACAUAAAUUUUUAUAUGAUAAAUAUUUUAAAAUAUAUAUGUUAUAAAAAUAUGGAAAUUAUAUUAUUAAAUUAUAAUCACAUCGAAGAUAUGAAAAAAAAAAUAAAUCAAAAGAAUAAUACUAAUACAUCAUUGUUUAAAUAUAUAUAUUCAUUUUUUUUUUUUAAAAAAGAAGAAAAUCAUAUUUAUGAUCUCUUCGAAGAUCAAAUGAUGAAUCAUCUCCAUAAAAAAGAAAACGACAAGUUCUAUAAUUAUUCAAACGAAAAUACACAUAAUAAUAUAUACAAAUAUAUAUCCGAUAAUUAUUUUUAUGAUCAUAUAAAUAGUUCUUCAAAUAGAUGCUCAUUUAAGAAUCUGAAAAAACAACAGACGGAUGAUAAUACAAAACAUAUAAUUAUGGGAAAAGAAAAGUAUCCAAUGAAUAAAUCUGAUCAUGAAAAGAAAAAUAAUAAUACAUGUGGUAAUAUAAAUAUAGAAAAGGACCAAAAAAAAGAUAUAUUAAAAAAGAUAUAUUUUUUAAAAGGUAACAAAUUAGAUGAUAUACAGAUUUUAAACGAGUUAUAUGUCAUGAUAUAUAUGCGCUUACUAUUUGAGUGUUCCUUAAAAUUAAUUAGCAUUAAAAAAAAUAUACAUUUGUUAGAAAAAAAAAUGGAGUUUGAUAAAGACAAUAAAAUAAUAUAUUUGAAUUCAGCUGACUAUAUGAAUAAUUUAAGAAGGAAUAUAUUAAAGCGUUUUAGUAAAAAUGAAGAAAGAGAAAACAUAAAUUCCUUUGCCUCUUUUCCUUUUCUUUUAUCUAAAAAUAUAAUAUAUUUUGAGGAUGAAAUAGGAAGAAGCAGGGAUAAUACUAUAUACAAUAAUGUGUAUGAUAAGGAAACAAACAAAACAACAACGAAUAAUAAUAAUAAUGAUAAUAAUGAUAAUAUUUGUAGUAAUAAUGAUCAUAUUUGUAGUAAUAAUAAUGAUCAUAUUUGUAGUAAUAAUAAUGAUCAUAUUUGUAGUAAUAAUAAUAAUAAUAUUUGUAGUAAUAAUAAUAAUAAUAUUUGUAGUAAUAAUAAUAAUAAUAUUUGUAGUAAUAAUAAUAAUAAUAUUUGUAGUAAUAAAAUGUUAGAUGAAUUUUGUCAAGACAACAAAUUUAACGAUUAUAAUACAAGAAAAAAAGAAAAAAGGAAAAGAAUUUAUGAACUUGCUAAGAUAUAUACUAAUAAUAUUUUUGAUUACUUGAAAGGUAAAAAAGAAAAACAUCAAAAUGAAGAUAAUACAAUAAAUUUAUAUUACAUAAAAAAAAAGUUCCCUUGGAUUUUUUAUUUAAAAAAUAUAAUAAAAAAUAAGGACACUUCCUUUAUAGAACAUAAUAAUAAUAUUGUAAAUGGUGAUAUUAAAAAUAAUAAUAUAAUAUUCAAAAAAAAGUAUAAUUUAUUUGAAUCAUCUAUCAUAUCUUAUUUUUAUAUAAAAGAUAUAUACGAAUAUAAUUAUAAGCUGAGAUUAUAUUAUAUAUAUGAUAAUCUUAUAAAAAAAUUUUGUAGAUAUUUUUUAAAAAUGAAUGAACAUAUAAAUAGGAAAUUAUAUAAAAUGAAAAGAGCAUUUCAUUAUUAUAUAUAUAAUUUUGAUCAAUUUAUCAUAAAUAAUUAUUAUCAUAUCAUACAUAAAAAAAAUAUACAUAAAAUUCACAUUCAUUUGAAACAAUGUAAAGAUAAAGAAAUCGAUAUUGUGAAAUUUAAAGAUUUAUAUUACUGUAUGAUUAAUAAUAUAAAUAACAUAUUUUCUUAUAUACACAAAGUAGAUCAUAAUGAAUGUGUAUACAGAAUAUUUAAGGCUUAUAAUAAAAUAUUAUUAUAUGAAUAUAAUUAUUUAAAUGAAAAAGAAAAUAUAUACUACAAAAAUAAAAUAAAAAAAUAUCUAACAUAUUUAAAUAAUAAUAUAUCUAAUGAUUUAUAUCCAUAUAAUAUAUCUUAUAAUAAAAUAUAUAAUCAAAACAAAUAUAAAAAUAGGAAAAACUUCUCACAUAUUUUUUAUUCCCUUAAAAAUGACAUACAUCUUCUAUUAUUUUUAUAUACACAACGUAUUCAAAAUUGUUGUGAUAUAUUCUCAUAUAUAUAUAAAAAAUAUAAUUUUAAUGAAAAAAACCCUUUUUUAAAUUAUUUAUAUUAUGAAUUACAUUAUAUUGUUUAUUCUGAAAAAAAAAAAAAAAAAAAAUUUUUCUCCUUUAUUUCUUCUUCUCCAUACAGUUAUGAUACUAUGGUCAACUCUUUUACUUUUUCUUAUUUUUUUUUCUCUUUAUCAUAUCUCUUGUUCAUUUUGUUUUAUCACCCUGACAUGUAUGCUUCUUAUAUAUUUUUUAAAACACUAACAUAUUCAGGCCUCCCUACGUAUUAUUAUAGUUUAUAUAAUAAUAUUAUGGUAGUGUGCGGUCCCAAAACUUGA